AUGUCGGCCAUAGGAAUGCCACCACACAUCUUAAUCCUGUUCCAAGCCAGGCCGCCACUCAGUUUUCACAAACCCAUCCAGAAAAAGAAGCACGAACCGUACAGUGGCAUUUCCGAGUAUGUGAAUCUUUUCGAGGAUAAGGAACCCCCCCCAAAAAUAAAGUUGGAAAAUGCGAAAGAAAGAAAGGAAAGAAAAAAGAAAGAAAAAAUAACAUACAACGAAUUAAUGCUGAAGGAACUGAGAAAGAAUUAUGACCCAUUUAAAAAUGAAGAUUUAACAGAGGACCCAAAGAAGACAAUUUUCAUUGGAAGAUUAUCUUACGAUGUGAAUGAAAAAAAAUUAAAAAAAGAAUUCGAAGUUUAUGGAAAGAUAAAAAAAGUGAAAAUAAUUUAUGAUAAAAAUUUUAAACCAAAAGGAUAUGGCUUCAUAGAAUUUGAACACACAAAAAGUUUUAACGAUGCGUAUAAUUUGGCUGAUGGGAAGAAAAUAGACAAUAGAAGAAUUCUCGUAGAUGUGGAAAGAGGAAGGACUGUGAAGAAUUGGAUUCCUAGACGACUGGGUGGUGGGAAGGGACCUCCAAGAGGAUCAGAUGAAAGGAAAAAGAUCACGCAUAAUAUUAACCUGACGGCUUUAAUUAACAAAGAUAAGUACAGAAAUGACAAAAAGAGGGUAGAGGAAAUUUACAAGAAUGUGCCGCUGUACAAUGAGCGGAAUGAUGACGAUAGUGAUGAUGGGAAUGACAUGCACAGGGGCCAUCGACACCACAGGAGGGACGAGCACAGAAGCUCCAAGCGGGACCGUCACCACAGAAGUAGACGCAGUGAGUCACACGAUCAUCACAGGCAUAAACACAGACGCAGGGACAGCCGGGAUAGGGACCGAAGCCGUGAUCGGGGCAGGGACAGACACAGAGAAAGGGACUACAACCGAGACCAUGACCGGGAUCGAGAGCGCCACCACAAGCGGGAUCACAGUUACAGUCACGAUCGUCACCACAACCGUGACCAGGAUAAGCACAGGCACAGAAGCCGGGAGAGGGAAAACGAAAGUGGAGCCUACUUUCCCAACGGGGAUGAACGCAGAGGCGAACACGAUCGAGCGGAAUCCCACAUGAAUAUGCACAACGGUUACGGGGAAGACACACCUGGAGGAAGAGAUUAUGGGCAUUACAACCAUUAUUGA